AUGAAGAACCCCGUUAGUGCUGCGAAAUUCACAGUCGCCGCUACUGUCGUUGUAUCUGUGUUGCUACUGGCAGGUUACGUUCACAAUGGGAUUGAGCAUGAUGUGGCGUUGGUCGGCCAAGAACACAAGCAAUCAAUAAAGUCCAUCGAACGUAGAAAAUAUCAUCCGCCAGUAACUGCGACCGAGAAAACUAGCAUCGCUUCUCCUACUAGAGAACCUCUUUUUGUACUGAGUCUCCCCAACCAUGCCGAGCUGGUGCUGCCACGAUAUUUUCGAUGUUCUGGAAUCCCAACCGAGAAAAUCGGUCGAUAUUGGAAACGUCCAGCUGGGAGCAAUGGACAAGGCCAACAACCCAUCGGCGCAUGCUUCAGAUCGAAUUUAGGGCUGAAAGGAAAGAAGAAUAUCACGGAUGGCUGUGGGGAUUUUGAUGUGUGGAUGGACCUGCAUCAUUUGUCCGGUCCUUACGAUCCUGUGCACCGAACGAGACCUCGUGGGAAUUGUUUUGAUCCCGUCUUGUACCCUGAUUCAUUGGACCAGCUCUACCAAGCGCAUCCCAAAGCUACCAUUCUCAAUAUUGUACAAGACCCCCAAGAAUGGUAUACAACACUUUCGAGGGAUUUCCAUUGGCACUGGGUCGAGUGGUGCAACCCAACUCACAACAAUUCGUUUCCGACAAUGGACACGGAAGCAAAUUAUGUACAAUUCUACAACAAUUAUCAAAACAAGCUGCGAUCCUUUGUCCAACGGCAUCCCUCGUGGACAUACAUUGAACUGGAUUUGAGAGAAAAUCAAGAAUCCAUUGCGACUCGACUGCACAAGGAGCUGGGAAUUCCCGGACACUGUUGGGCAGAUUCGUUUAGUGCCAAGGUUCCAGAGAUUCCAGAUGAGGGCGAUGACGAUGCCUUUGACGGUGAGGAGGAAUCGAAUGGUGGCUUUUACAGGGUAAAGACGACAACUGGUUCGCUGUUUAAUGAGUUGAGAUUCCCAAUACUGGUGACUGCGCUGCCAAAGAGUGGAACCACUACCAUCUAUGAGUACUUUCGAUGUGGCCUUGGGAAGUGGACAGCAGCUCACCAAGGGGCACUCAACCUCACAACCUUCAAUUUCACCACCAUUGGACAGUGCAUGAUGACAAAUAUUGGCAACGGGUGGCCAUUUUUGCACAAGUGUGGGAAUUCCAGAAUGUAUUCUGACAUUGGGGUCUAUAAAAGAAAAGAGAAAGCCUGCUACUACCCGACUCUUCAUGGUGGAUUGGAAGACUUUGCAAAGGCAUAUCCCUAUGGCACCAUCCUGCACAUCCGUCGAAACUUCAAUAGCUGGUAUGACAGCUCAAAUCGAUGGAAUCGUCUUCUGGAUCGCUGGUCUGCUGGAAGCACGUCCUUGUGCCAAGGUGUCUUUCCCCUGCCAGGUUCCAGUAAGUCAGAUUGGGAGAAUUUCUACAAUCACCACAACGAUCUUGUCGAGGCAUUUGCAUUGCAGCAUCCUACAUUGACCUACUUGGAUAUACCUUUGGGAAAUGCCAAGACAGUCCUGUAUGAUACUUUUGGCUUCCCAUCAAAUUGCUGGGGCCAUGCCAACGUCAACAAAAAACACUCAGGUGCAAAUUGA